AUGCACUCGGGGGAAACGUCUCAGCGGCUCACAAAAAUUCCGUUAGUGCUGGGGAUGCCCGUUAUCUUGUCACAGAACUAUGAUGUGAGUGGCGGUAUCGUCAAUGGCAGCAUAGGUACUUUGCUGUCCAUAAGGUUUGAAAAAGAUGAGGCCAGUGGACGUCGGUACCUGAUAUCCUGUACAGUGAAGAUUGACGAUGUUCCUGCACCUGCUAUGACUAACAUGGUCGAAGGACAGUUUCCUGUCAUGCAAGACACCGUG